UGUUAUGAAUGUGUGCGUACAACAGACAGCAAAGAUCUACUGUGAUGUGACGUUUUAUCCUUUUUUCGCCUGUUCGUCGGAUCUCGCAGAAAAUGUUUGACUGGUAAAAUUAGUGUUAGGAAUUGAAUAUAGGACUUCAUUCCCCUUUCUAAAAUUUGGAACUGUGAGGCAUCCUGAAACUGCCGUAGGGAAACCUCCGACUUGUAUACCACAUCCAAAAUGGAGAAUUUUGAAACCUGUUUCCAUUCGGAUUCUGCUCUUCAUACAACCGAAUUGUAUGAGUUUGGUACGGAGCUAAGCGAUCUGACGGCGGUCUUCCAGGGAUUGUCGUUUGAUCUCGACGGGAUGGUGCGAGAAAUGUUUGAGAAAAACAAUCGUGAUAUCGACACCAUCCAGCAGGAGUUCAUCCGAAACGGCAUUGAUUCGUCUGUGACGGAGAGCCUCACCACGAAACGAUUUCCUCCACCUGGCUUUGGGCUUCCGAAAUGGCCCUUGCGUGACUCCAAGUGUGAUAACAAAUUGGCCGAUUUAAGUCCCGAAAAUCAAACGGAAGACAGAGCCGGAAAAACUUCGUCUAGAAGCGUAUCGCAAUCAGGAAGACGAAAACGGUGUAAGGAAAACGAGGACUACUGCGUUUUCUGCUACAACAACCACGAAGAACAGGAGACAUAUCUGGGACACUCAUGCCGCGAUGAAGAUGGUUUCGUCAUAUGUCCGAAACUGCGGAAAUAUGUGUGCCCGUACUGUCAGGCCACGGGAAGCAACGCACACACCAAGAAGUAUUGUCCGCAGAAGCCUAUAAUCACCCCGGACGACCUACAACAUAUGAUACUUCCGAUCGAUGGUGCAGCAGCAUCUUCCAAACGCAGUUGGGCGAGCCGAGGCAAAAAGUCUCUUCGUUUCUAAACUGUUUUUCAUGUUUUUUUUUUUAUUAAUUGUUUCUGAUAGUUUCAGAAUUCAAAGUCAACCGGUUUUAUUGUGUAAGGUUAUUCUUUUAUGACCGUUCUGUAUUGAAAAAUAACUGAACGGAAAAACUUUUGCUUACUCGAAAAAGAUGUUAAUACAAACAGCCAUCGUGAUGAUCCUGUGUUCAGAAAUAUUGAAACCGUAUUACGAUAUCUGAUGUUUAUCGUUUUCUUUUUUUUAUAUAUAUUUGAUUACAAACAAUGUUUUGCUAUAUAAAGAGGAAAAAUAAUAAUUAUUCCUUUUCAGAGAUAAAUAAAAACAGUUCGAUCUCAUUUUUA